ACUAUAGGUAAUGUAGGAUAUAGAAACUACUAGACUGAGGGCGCCGAAAUAUACCUACAAUAUCAUGCAUCAGAUAUAUUUAAAUACUUGGAGGUUAAAGUAAUUAUACUUACGUGAAUUAUCAAUAUUAAUAAACAUAAAUAUGUCGAUUAUAAGGCCUUUUACUUGUGAUGAUUUAUUUAAAUUUAAUAAUGUUAACCUUGAUCCAUUGACGGAGACUUAUGGGUUAUCGUUUUACAUGCUCUAUUUGGCUCAUUGGCCAGAAUAUGUCCAAGUAGCUGAAUCCCCCAGUGGAGAAAUAAUGGGUUACAUCAUGGGAAAAGCUGAAGGAAGUGGAGAAUCAUGGCAUGGACAUGUAACAGCUCUUACUGUCUCUCCAGAUUAUAGAAGAUUAGGCCUUGCUGCAAAAUUGAUGAAGUACUUGGAAGAAGUGUCUGAAAAAAAACAAGCUUAUUUCGUGGAUUUAUUUGUUCGAGUUAGUAAUAAAGUUGCAAUACAGAUGUAUCAACAAUUAGGUUACAUUGUUUAUCGAACUGUAUUGGAAUAUUACAACGGCGAUCCGGACGAAAAUGCUUACGAUAUGAGAAAAGCUUUAUCAAGAGAUGUAUUAAAACAAUCAGUAAUACCUCUAACUCAUCCGGUACGUCCGGAAGAAGUUGAAUGACAUUGGUUUGAUGAGACAACAAUGGAUGUAAUUUAUGUUUAAGUAUAAACUAUUAUGUAGUUUUUUAAAAUCUUCAUCAUUAAUUUAUCAAGUUCAUAAUUUCGGAUGAAGAAUAAAGUUUUUAGCGGUGGGCCUAAAAAAUUCAGCAACGGUAAUGAGAAUUUUUUUUUCUAAUAGAAUAAAACAUUUUAUUGAUCAAUUUGUACAAAAGCAUAACUCUUAAAUUAUCACAAAUCGUCAUUCAUACUUGUAAAUAAUAUACCAAAUAAAGAAUCACAUUAUCAACAAUCAA